AUGCAAUAUAAAUUAUAAAGUUAUUGUUGUGAAGCUAUCACAGCUAGGUAUCGAUUGUUUCCAUAAUCGUGUCUGUGACAUCUCUAUUUGCGCGCCAGCCGCGGUUUUCCGAUUUCCUUUUUGCGCUCAAAUUUGUCAACAUUGCCAACUGUUUGUGUAAUGCUGCCGUUUACAGAGGAGAAUGUGCCGGAGUUGCUAUUGCAGCGCUCCAGCAUAGCCUUCUGCUCCAAUCUGCAUCUGGGACGGGGCCGCGGGCGUACUGUGUCCAGUCUAGUGCUUGGCCGCAACCUCAAGUUCUACGAAUUCCGCAAGAAGGAGCUGCUGCAUCACAUUGAUCUCAAGGAAAGUCGGCUGAAACAGUUGGCCGCCAAACUACAGGCCUACGAUGGCCCCAUGAGCAGCUUUCUCAGGCGCGAGGACGAGACCGUGUCCAGCCAUGGCAAAGAAUCCCUGCCAUCGGUGAACCACAGCAAGCUGCUGUCUGCCGAGGAGCUGCCCAUCGGCAUUGGCAAGUUUGUGUGGCUGCAGGAGCAGAUCUACAUCCUGGUACACUGCUGGCAGCUGCUGCUGGUCCUGCGCCGACUCCCCGAGCAUGGCGCCAACUUUGAACUGGUGGCCCAGCACGAUCACGUGGCGGAUUUCAAGAUGGUCGACGGUCCCAUCAAGUACCAGGCCUACGUGGAGCUGCGCUUCACCAAUGGCAAGCGUCAGCGCACCGAUUUUCAGCCUGCUCAACUCAAAGAGGAGUCCUCCAGCCGCAGCAGCACUGCCGCCGCCGACACCUUCCCGAAUCAAAAUUUCGAGCGACUGCUCCAGCAGGUGCACACAGCACAGGCGGAGCUGUGCAGCCAGCGCGCCCAGACACAGCUGGACUUUGCCCGCACGCUGGAGCUGCAGACCUUCGGCCCGCCCGGCCACCGUUCCUUGCUGCUGGAGGAGAAGCAGCUGUUGCGGCGCUUUGGCGAUGUCUGGACGAGGGUCUGUGGCGAUUUUGUGGUCUGCGGCACACUGCUGGCCAACAUAGCGGGCAACAAUCGGCUGUCCAUUGUCCACUGCCUACGCCCGCUGAUCCAUCUGGACAACGGCGGGAGCAGCCUCAGCUACGAGCAUCGUCUGUACGAGCUGCCCGUGGAGCCAAACGGCCAGCCGCCCGAGGACUACGAUGAACUGGCCCAAUUCUGGUCGUGCCAGGAACAGCACAGUCGUCGUCUCAACUGGCGUCCAGUGGCCAAGGCCUCCCAACUGCUGCCGGACUGCACGGCUGUGCUGCUGGUGCGUCUGCAGCUCGAGGAUCUGCUGCAGGCCGAGAAACUCCAGCUGCUGGCCAUCUAUGAGAUAAGAAAUGGUACAGAGGAUUCGGGGAACAGCAUGCGACAAAUGCAUUUGGCCACCAUUGACGUGGGGCCACUGCUGCAUCAGACCGAAGCGCUGGCCCCUCGAUUCGCGCCCGCCACACUGCAUCAGGACUUUCUGGCCGUGAUCAUGAGCCAGACGGCACAUUGUGCCCUGCGUCUGAAGUUUAUCGAGGGUCAGGCGGCCCAGGAUUGUGCGCGUUUCGAGCAGCUACUCGUCUCCAAGCUGCAAUUUGAGCUGAUCACGGCGCAGGGCACAGAUCAAGCCUCCUCUGAUCGCGGCUCCGAUGUGGAUAUGCUUGAUGCCUUCUGUACCACCACCACGACGACGAACACUGCCUUGAAUCCCGUCCAGCACAUCUUCUACAACAGCCAGCCCCUGUCGCAAUGGUGUGGUGUGCUGCUGCUGCGCGAUGAUCCUGGCCAGCAUUGGCAUGUCUAUGCGCAGACCCAGGCACGUCUCCGUUUGCUGCUGCAUCGUUUAUUGCACGAUCUGCUGCAGCUGCACUGCAACCUCUCCGUUCUGGAGUUGAGCGAAUACAAUACGGCACCCGCCGAUGUGGCAGGCGCUUUGGAAGCGAGUCUGCGCGAGGAGCUGCUGGCCUGGUCGCAGUUGCUAAAGCCGCAGGAGGGCAGAGAGCAACAAAAGACUGAUCGCUUGAAGCAACUAACGCAUCUGCAUCAGCUGCAAAUGGCCAGCGAUGUGCUGGCAUCUGUGAUAAAGUCUCAAGAGCAAGAGGAUGAAUAAUAUUUGUGUUGGUCAGGGGAGGGGGGGACUUUUUAUGUAUAUAUUAGAAUUAUAAUUAUUAUUACAAGGCCUUGUUGCACUUGGACCCAUAUAAUCAUAUUUUGUGCUGGCCUUUUUAGGCAUUUAAUGAAGUUAAGGACUUUACUUUGUUGGGUUUUUGUAUCCCAAAUUCUGUUGCUUCUCCGCAUAGAAUUAAUUCUAGUAAUUUCAAUUUCUUGUGGUAAUAUCUCAAUCGAUAUCUCCGCAGUUCGUCCUAAUGCAAGUUGAGAGAGCUACUUCUACGGAAAGGGAAACCUUUCUACUGUCAUUCCAGUGCCUGUGAGUUUCUCUUGUUUUCACUCCCCAUUUCCCGGUAGUUUUACAGUGAGUCACACAAAGCUCUUUUUGGAUCGUUUAAUGGCCACAUUGCACCUUUCUGGGAUGGAUAUGUUGAGUGUAU